UUUGCGAAGACAAUUUUGCUCUCUUCUCUUCUUCUUCUUCUCAAUCACUUUACUAUGGUAACGGGAAGGUGUUCGGGUUCGAGCGGUUCGGGAUGUUCUGCUUCUGCUUCGGCUCAUUCGGCGGCGGCGGAUCGGAUGGUGGAGGAGAUUGAGGCGGCGGAGGCGCUCGCGGACUUGGCGCAUUACGCGAUGCGCGAGGGUUCCGCAGCUGAUUCUGGAGGGGAUUGGACUCGCCGGAGGAAACGAGUCAAGAGCCAGUCUACGCCUCCGGCCGAAUCGGUGACUCUCUGCUCGGAUCUUCCUCAGCAGGAUAGAAUAAAAAGUCCUGAGCAAUCCGCAGAGGCGUGCAGGAAUGUGAUUGCCGAGCCAUCGAAGGCUCAUGAUCGGAGCGAAAAGAAUUUGAAGGUUAAGAAGGAAACUGAAUUACCUAAACCAAGUCUUAUAGGCUCUACAGAACCAGGCUACUCGUUGCUUGGUAUUGGCAAGUCAAGACGCAGUUUGACUGAGGCCGAAAAGGAAGCACGGAGAAUACGUCGAAUUUUAGCUAACAGAGAAUCUGCUCGUCAAACAAUUCGCCGAAGGCAGGCUCUUUGUGAAGAGUUAAUAAAAAAAGCUGCUGAUUUAGCAUCGGAGAAUGAAAGUUUAAAGACGGAAAUGGAAAUGGCGUUGAAAGAGUACCGGAUGUUGGAAACCACAAAUAAACAGUUAAAAGAUCGGAUGGCUAAGGUGGUAAAGGCUGAUGUGGAGGAAAUUCUGGGCAGUCAAUGCGUUCAGAUAACUCCAACUGCAGCUUCACCUUUGUUUUUGUAUAACCAUCCGCCAUUUACACCACUUUUUUGGUCUCCGGUCGCGCAAUCUCCAAAUUCUGUCCAAACAUCUCAUAUAGCCCAAAAUGCAAUUGUUAUGCCAUCAAACAUUCCUUUGCCAGCCGAGGGAAGGCAUGACUCUUGUGAACAAGAGAAUCUCAGGAAUACUAAUGGACCGGAAACUCCUCUUUAUAUUUUUCCCUGUCCUUGGUUUUUUCCUCACCUUGAUCCCGGGACUCUACUCCAAUCUCAGUCUUCAAUUUUUCAGAAAAAUAAACAAGAUGAGACUUCUACUAAUAACCAACAGAGUCCUACAUCCUCAAGAACCCCGCCCCACUGGGAGAACCAGCACUCCCAUAUGCAUACCAAGGUGAAAACAGAACCUUCUGGUUCAUUGGAGGCCAGAACUAAUAAUGAUCUCAAUGAACACCUGGCAGAGGUUGCUCAAGAUGGAGGAGAUCAACAAACAGGAUCUCACCUUAAAGGAAGUUUUUCCAAAGAAGCGCUUGUUACUCCCCUGCUGAUAAAACCCGUGGUGAUUCCAUCCACCAUAAAGCAUGAGAGUGGACCUCAAUUAGAUUCCACUCACCAUAUCAAGACAUCUGCAGAAGUUUGUCAUGCAACACCAGCUAUGGCUUUGCUGGAAAAGUUCCGUGAACCAAUCAUCUACUCUUGUAAAAAAUCAGCAGAGGUGGUUGCUGCGGCCGAGGCAAGAAAGAGGAGGAAAGAACUCACAAAGCUAAAAAACCUUCACGGUCGUCAAUGUCGGAUGCACUGUUGAGCUUUGAGACAAAUAGUUGUGUCUUGUGUUUAUUCUGUGCUUUCAUCGUAAGAGCUUCGUUAAUAGGGUAGAUAAAAUAACAGAGGGGUGAAAACUUGUGACUUUGUGUACAUGAUCUUCGAGGCUUCCUCAUUUUCUCAUAUAUGCUUCUUUAGGCAACCAGAAAUUCUGAUAGCUCAGCUGUUUUUUGUGGGGUAGCUUUCCAUGAAGAAAGCAUCGGGAAUUUUAUAGCAAAUACUCUGAGAAUGUUAUAAUUAAUAAGUAGCUUCCCCUGAAAAUUUUUGCGGCAAAUGAUAUCUUGGUCACAGACCAAUUCUCUAAAUGUUGGCUGUGAGUUGGAAAGAGGCAACAAAAGAAGAGUUUUGAGUAAGAAAUAUAAUCUCAACAUGUUUUUCUUUCUGACAUGUAAAUGCUUCUGCAGGAAGUGGGAUAUACUCGGUAAAGGUUGAGCUCUUCAAGUUUAUACAAGCAGAGAUCAGAUUAGAACAUAAGUCCACCCUUAUACACAAGUAUAUAGCUCUUAACACUAUGAUCAUG